AUGACUGACGAGAAAGAUUAUAAAAGUGUUUCUACUUCAGUAGUUGUUGAUUUUGAUGAAAAUAAUAUACUAGAUGUAGAUGAAGUUACUGAAACCGGCAGUGGCAGAAGUAGAUUGAAAGCAAUGGCCAAAAAAAUCAUCGCUGCCAGAAGAUUAUUAACGGUCGAUAAUAUGCAUUCACCUGGACAAGACCCUGGGAUUGAUCCAAGAUAUGCCGAUUAUGAUGUAAACGUGAAUUUUAGUGAAGGAGGAUUUUUAGAAAAAGAUCGUCCAGAUAAAACAAAUGUUCGUUGGAUUAAUGUAGAUGGAAUUUCUUGGGAUGUGAUUAAAACACUUGCACUUAAAUUUGAUCUGCACCCAUUGUCAAUUGAAGAUGCUUUACAAAACACUCAACGCACAAAACGGGAUCAAUAUCAGAACCAUAUUUAUAUCUCACUUCUACUUCAUACUCUUAAUCAUGAUGAUGUAAAGUGUGAAUUGGAAAGAGAUAAUUCAAGCAUGAUUGAAGGAAAAGAAAAUACUAAAUCUUUUAGUUUUAAUUCACGUAAAGAUUUGUUGUUACAUGGCCAUCAAGAAGGAAGUAAAUAUUUGGAAACCCAUAAUAUACUACGAAGGCAAAAAUUAAAUGUUUAUGUAGAGCAAGUAAGCAUUUUCUUGCUUAAAGAUGAAACUUUAUUAACUAUUUUUCAACAUAACGGAAAAUCUGUUUAUGAACCUAUUCUUGCACGUAUUAAUCAACCAAAAACUUUAUUAAGAACUGCUAAUGAUGCAAGUUUAUUGAUGGAAGCUGUUAUUGAUACAAUUGUUGAUUUAACACUUGGACCUAUUCAAAGUCUUGUUACUAUAUUGAGAGAACAUGAAGAAAAAAAAGAUUUCAUAACAUCACUGGCAAAAACUUAUUUUAUGGAUGUUGCUGAUCAUUGUAAUGAAAUUGUUGAUAAUUUGGAUACAAUGACAAAGAUUUCAGAGAAUUUAGUUAAUUUGUAUAUACCCAAUAAAUCUAUUACAAUUUAUCAACCUUAUCAAAACCCAAUUCCCGAAUACCCAAAAGUUGUCAAAGAGGGUGAAAUAUUAUCAACAACUUUUAUCUUUCUUAAAGCUGUGAACGGUGCGAUUUAG